GAUGACUAACGACAGAACUGUGAAUUUGUUCCCUGGAGUUGCUAAUUUGCCAUCCCGAAGCAACACAUAUCUCAGGGAGGAAGCGUUUGGCUGCUGCUGAUUUCUCCAAAUCUGGUGGUUUACCAGAUGCAUUGUGCUGUAUCUGCUGGAACAGAUCAUUGCUUAGCUGCAGCAGAUCGUCAAAGGUAGACAACCAACUGCUGUCUCCAAAUAAGAAAUGAGAUGUAAUGCAUCCUGCAGUCCAUGCAUGCUUCCUCUUGCAAAUCGCGCAUCUUUCCUUUCUGGAAACCUUUAAGUCCUAAAAUCAGUGAAAAGAGAGUUAAAACAUUAUCAUGGACCUGAGGGAUUUUUACCUGUUGGCUGCUUUGAUUGCCUGUUUAAGGCUGGAUUCUGCUGUAGCUCAAGAACUUAUUUACACUAUUAGAGAGGAGCUGCCUGAAAACGUGCCCAUAGGGAACAUACCAAAGGACCUGAACAUUUCUCACAUCAAUGCUGCCACGGGGACCGGUGCCAGCCUUGUCUACAGACUGGUGUCUAAAGCAGGGGAUGCCCCUCUGGUCAAAGUGUCCAGUAACACUGGGGAAAUCUUUACGACAUCCAACAGAAUAGACAGAGAAAAACUCUGUGCUGGAGCUUCCUAUGCAGAAGAAAAUGAAUGUUUCUUUGAACUUGAAGUGGUGAUUCUCCCCAAUGACUUUUUUAGGCUGAUCAAAAUAAAAAUUAUUGUAAAGGAUACUAAUGACAAUGCACCUAUGUUUCCAUCCCCUGUCAUCAAUAUCUCCAUCCCAGAAAACACUCUGAUCAACAGUCGCUUUCCAAUUCCAUCAGCAACAGAUCCUGACACAGGUUUCAACGGUGUGCAGCACUACGAGUUGCUAAAUGGGCAGAGUGUCUUUGGACUGGAUAUUGUAGAAACUCCAGAAGGAGAGAAAUGGCCUCAGCUGAUCGUUCAGCAGAACUUGGACAGAGAGCAAAAGGAUACGUACGUGAUGAAAAUAAAAGUGGAGGAUGGAGGCACUCCCCAGAAAUCCAGCACAGCCAUCCUGCAAGUCACAGUAAGUGAUGUCAAUGAUAACAGGCCAGUUUUUAAAGAGAGCCAAGUAGAGGUCCAUAUACCAGAGAAUGCUCCUGUAGGCACUUCAGUAAUUCAGCUUCAUGCUACAGAUGCAGAUAUAGGAAGCAAUGCAGAAAUCAAAUAUAUUUUUGGUGCCCAAGUCGCCCCUGCAACCAAAAGAUUUUUUGCUUUAAACAACACCACAGGGCUGAUUACAGUUCAGAGGUCCUUAGAUCGAGAAGAAACUGCUAUUCACAAAGUGACAGUGCUGGCUAGUGAUGGUAGCUCUACACCAGCCAGGGCAACUGUUACCAUCAAUGUCACUGAUGUAAAUGAUAACCCUCCUAACAUAGACCUCAGGUACAUAAUAAGUCCCAUCAAUGGCACAGUGUACUUAUCUGAGAAAGAUCCUGUCAAUACAAAGAUUGCCCUAAUUACAGUUUCAGAUAAGGACACUGAUGUGAAUGGCAAAGUGAUCUGUUUCAUUGAGAGAGAGGUUCCCUUCCACUUAAAGGCAGUUUACGACAACCAGUAUUUGUUAGAGACCUCUUCCUUGUUGGACUAUGAGGGCACCAAAGAAUUCAGCUUUAAGAUUGUUGCCUCUGAUUCUGGCAAGCCCAGUUUGAACCAGACUGCCCUGGUAAGAGUUAAACUGGAGGAUGAAAAUGACAACCCUCCAAUUUUCAGCCAGCCUGUAAUUGAGCUGUCAGUUUCUGAAAACAACCGUCGUGGUCUAUACUUAACAACUAUUAGUGCCACAGAUGAAGACAGUGGGAAAAAUGCAGACAUUGUUUAUCAGCUUGGCCCUAAUGCCUCCUUUUUUGAUCUGGAUCGAAAGACAGGAGUUUUGACAGCCUCCAGAGUUUUUGACAGAGAAGAGCAGGAACGUUUCAUUUUUACUGUUACAGCCCGAGACAAUGGCACCCCUCCUUUGCAGAGUCAAGCAGCUGUAAUUGUUACCGUGUUGGAUGAAAAUGACAACAGUCCCAAAUUUACUCAUAAUCACUUUCAGUUUUUUGUCUCAGAGAACUUACCAAAGUAUAGCACUGUGGGGGUGAUCACGGUGACUGAUGCAGAUGCUGGGGAAAAUAAAGCAGUGACCCUUUCCAUCCUGAAUGACAAUGAAAACUUUGUGCUGGAUCCGUACUCUGGAGUUAUAAAGUCCAAUGUUUCUUUUGAUCGAGAACAGCAGAGCUCCUAUACCUUUGAUGUUAAGGCAGUGGAUGGAGGACAACCUCCUCGCUCUUCUACAGCAAAAGUAACCAUAAACGUCAUGGAUGUUAAUGACAACAGCCCUGUUGUCAUCUACCCACCUUCUAAUACUUCUUUUAAGCUAGUGCCACUCUCAGCAAUUCCAGGAUCAGUAGUAGCUGAGGUCUUUGCUGUGGAUAUAGACACUGGCAUGAAUGCUGAGCUGAAGUACACAAUUGUAAGUGGAAAUAACAAGGGGUUGUUCCGGAUUGAUCCAGUGACAGGUAAUAUCACUCUGGAAGAAAAACCAACUCCUAACGAUGUGGGGCUGCAUCGCUUAGUUGUCAACAUAAGUGAUUUGGGUUAUCCUAAAUCCCUGCAUACUCUUGUACUUGUAUUUUUGUAUGUAAAUGAUACCGCUGGAAAUGCCUCUUACAUUUAUGACUUGAUACGCAGGACUAUGGAAACACCUUUGGACCGGAACAUAGGCGACAGUAGCCAACCCUAUCAAAAUGAGGACUAUCUCACAAUCAUGAUUGCUAUUGUGGCAGGUGCCAUGGUUGUCAUAGUGGUGAUAUUUGUAACAGUUCUUGUUCGUUGUCGGCAUGCAUCCAGAUUUAAAGCUGCCCAGAGGAGCAAGCAAGGUGCUGAGUGGAUGUCUCCCAAUCAGGAGAACAAACAAAACAAGAAAAAGAAAAGGAAGAAAAGGAAAUCUCCAAAGAGUUCUCUUUUGAACUUUGUGACCAUUGAGGAGUCCAAACCAGAUGAUGCAGUUCAUGAACCUAUCAACGGGACAAUAAGCCUUCCAGCAGAGCUGGAGGAGCAAAGUAUAGGAAGAUUUGACUGGGGCACAGCACCACCAACAACCUUUAAGCCUAACAGUCCUGAUCUUGCCAAGCAUUACAAAUCUGCUUCUCCGCAGUCUGCUUUUCAUCUCAAACCUGACACUCCAGUUUCAGUGAAAAAGCACCAUGUGAUUCAGGAGCUCCCGUUGGACAACACCUUUGUUGGUGGUUGUGACACCCUUUCCAAACGCUCUUCCACUAGUUCAGAUCACUUCAGUGCCUCAGAGUGCAGUUCCCAAGGAGGCUUCAAGACAAAGGGCCCCUUACACACCAGACAGUCCCAGCGCCGUGUUACAUUUCACCUCCCUGAUGGCUCCCAGGAAAGCUGCAGUGACAGUGGUCUAGGAGACCACGAGCCAGUGGGUGGUGGAACCCUGAUCUCACACCCUCUCCCUCUGGUUCAGCCGCAGGACGAAUUCUACGACCAGGCUUCACCGGACAAGAGGACUGAAGCUGAUGGCAAUUCUGACCCCAACUCCGAUGGACCUCUUGGGCCUCGAGGACUAGCUGAAGCUACAGAGAUGUGUACUCAAGAAUGCCUGGUUUUGGGUCACUCAGACAACUGUUGGAUGCCUCCCAGCCUGGGCCCUUACCAACAGCCAAAGUCUCCUCUCUCCACCUUUGCACCUCAGAAAGAGUGGGUUAAGAAGGACAAACUAGUUAAUGGACACACAUUGACCAGGACCUGGAAAGAAGAUAGCAACAGAAACCAGUUCAGUGACCGAAAGCAGUAUGGUUCCAGUGAAGGCCAUUUCAACUCUGGCAGCCACAUGACUGACAUUCCUCUGGCCAACUUGAAGUCUUAUAAACAGGCCUCAGGAGCUGUUGAGAGUCCAAAGGAGCACCAGUUAUAAGAAAUGGUUACUCUGGACCAAUGACUUUAGCCUACUUAGACUUGCUAACGCUGUGUGUGUGUGUCAGAGCUUUAUGUAUUGGGUAGACCUCUAGAACUAUGCUUCACCUAGCAGAGAUAUGCACAUCUUUAUAUUAGCACCGUGGAAGGUAUGAUGUCCUGCAACAUGAAAGAGUGUUUCUACUAGUUGUGUGUUUUUGUUAAAUAGACAUAACUAAAAUCUGCAGAGAUCUCUCCAGUUUGCAAAUAUCCUUUUGUUUGUUUAUUUCCUUUCUGACCCUGGACUGCUGCUAUGAACAACAGAAGAUGCAUUUGGAGAGUGAGAAAGUGAGAAAGUUCAGUGGAUUGCAAUGAUUGAAAAGCAUAUCCAGUUAGAGAAAAAUGUGCUUUUGUUGUCAUUGAUAUAUGCUGGGACCAUUAUACUUGAGAUCAUAUUGCAAACAAAACAACUGAAACUGUAAAUGUUAAACCUAUUGUGCUAUUAACAAUAUUAGUGGACACUUAUAAGUCAAUCAGUGUUUUCAAAUACUUGUAAAUAGAAACAAUUAUUACUUACAAUUUUUGUGUACUUAUAGCGUUCACUUGAAAAGAUACUGUAGCAUAUUUCUGUGUUUCACAGCUGCUUUUUACUUUCUUUCAUUUGCUUCCUGUUGUUUUGCUUUUAUUUUUAGUGAUGGUGUUUAUGUGUUAGUAGUCUGUCUGACACACAGUGUUCCAAGGAACCCAACCAUUUGUGUUUAAAGUGAAAAAGGGAGUGAUGGGGUGGGAGGGAAGGUUGGUUGUAGAAGGGAAAACAAAGAGAUUUUUCUUUGUAUGUAGUAGCAGAUGAUACCAGCAUUCAGGUAGAAUUUCUUCUUUCUUCUUUUUUUUUU